UGCCAAGUUCAAGCGAAUGGUCCGCAAUGGCCGAAUUCGACUUUCGUCAUGGCUGUUAUAGUCUCAAACGUUACCAUAAACACUAAUAACACGCACUUAAUGUGUUUAUUUAAUCCGGUUUCAGGAAAAAAACACCGAGUUCAAUGGUAUUCCGAGGAGACAAUAAUCCCGAGUUAUACAGUCAACGCGAAUUAUACAGUCUUUGCCAUCAAAGAUAUAGUCCCAACGUCGGGUUCAGAAUGCGACCUUGAUAAAGAGAUUCGUUGCGCGGUUACUGUGUUCGAAGCAAAUGGCGUGAACCAAUCAGGUCCAGCCUCGUUCAGUGAGCCGGUAUAUUUAAUGCGAGGCGAAAUACAUAAGUCUCUGGUGCCAAACCUAUGCGUUAUAAACAACACCUGCUACUUUGAAAACGAUCAUGAUCCACGAGACCCACAUUAUUUAUGCUACCCUGCAUUGGACCCGUUUUCAUGGAUACGUAACUUGACACUACCUAGAGUUCCCGGUGACUACUGCAUCCACGGCGAAAGGCACUGUGACAGCGUAACAGGAGUGGCCUACUGCAACGCUAAGACAAAGGAAUGCGCAUGCGCUGACACCUUUGAAGAAACAAAUGGUGUCUGCUUGCAAAUAGUAUGUACAACGACGGAAGGAACGGAAAAGUGUUCCUCCAUUUCUCUUGCAAAAUGCAAUGACAAUGUUUGCACCUGUGCAAAUAAUGCAGAACUGAAUACGACACAGGGGAAAUGCGACAUGAAGAGAAUUGGUAGUAAUUGCACGUUUGAAGACGAUUGCAAACAUGUAAGCGAUGCAGUAUGCGAUAACCAAAGUACCAACACAUGCGUAUGUGAUAGGCAGUUUACAUUUAGUAAUGACAAAUGUUCACCUAAAGGUCCAGGGGACUCAUGCACACCUGGUGGUGACGACUGUGCCAACAUUCAAGGUGACGCUAUCUGCAGCUUAAAGACAAAACAAUGCAGAUGCUACGACACACGUAAAGUGGUUGGAGGGAAAUGUCAAACAAUUUCUUGUACAUUUUCCGAUCCUUCGCCUUGCAAACAUAUUUCAAACGGUGAAUGCAGGAAUGGGAUAUGUUUGUGUUCAAUCGCAGCGGUACUUAAUACAACAACAGGGGAAUGCAAGAACAUAGGAAUCGGAGACACGUGCUAUGUUGACGAAGCCUGUGCCUUUGUGAAAAAUGCAAAAUGUGACUCAGAAAGGAACAUCUGCGUAUGUGGCGACACCAGAAAGGUUGAUGGAAACGCCUGCGUUCCUAGAGUGCCCGGGGAUGCUUGCGAACCGGACUCAAAGAAUUGCCAAGACAUUCCCGGUGAAGUGUUUUGUGACGCUGUUACGGAAACGUGUUCCUGUGCAAGCACACAUAGAGCUUCAAAUGGCGCGUGUGUACAAAAACUCUGCACUGACGACCUUGGUUGUGGUGGUAUAGCACACACGAAAUGCAUCAAUAAAGCAUGCGCGUGCUCGGUGACAUCAGAGCUUAGCAGAAUAAAUGGGUUAUGUGAAAGCAAAGGACUCGGCAGUUCCUGUGUCGCCGAUGCCGAAUGUGGGCUGGUCACAGGUGCAAUGUGUGACAUUGCUAAACCACGUGUUUGCGUUUGUGGCGAAAAGUAUAAGAUGAACGAUGAUGAGUGUAAACUAAAACUACCAGGAGUACUAUAUCUAAACAGAGUUGAGAUUUUUGUUUCUCAGUAUAUUGAACAUAACUACCACUUUGCGAUUUUCCGAUGUGGCUACAGUAUAGAUCAUGGCUUCUAUUACAAGAUCAAAUGGUACCUUCAUGGCAAAGAGAUUCAUUCUACCGACAUAGUAGACUCGUCCAAAGCAUCAGAAGCGUCAGUAUUAAAGGACGUCGAACUCUACGAGUUAAACGCUACGGUCUUUCAGUUCGAUUCAAAGUUGCGUUGUCGAGUAAUAGCCUACAACGAUAGUGGUGCAUAUGAAAUAAAGACUGUAGAAAGCAACGACUUUAUAACAAUGACAAUUUCAUCUACAUCUCUUACAUUUCCGCGAGGACAAAGUGCGUCACUCACUGUUACACUGUACGUUCCGUUUGGUUGUGGAACACAUUCCGGAGACUGUCGACUUCAGUACCUUCUACAUGACCCGUCGGACUCCUACGAUUGCAUGGAUUCGACCAUUGCAGUGUUGCACAGCGAUACUUGCGGCGGCCGUAUAGAAGGGUCAACUGAAACAGACAUGGAAACGUUUGCUCUAACGAAACAUGAAACAACUAUAACAAUAGUCGCGAAAAACAACAACAAAUAUGUCUUAAAAAGCUAUUUCAGUUGAAGCUUCAAACAUUCUCUGAUGAUAAUCAAAAGAAUCUUUGGCAGGGGUUUACAACCACAAUUGAAGUACACGUAACUGAUGGUCAUUCAAUUCAUAACAGCCCCUGUUAUGCUCAUGUCGAUCCGCAUAUGGGAACUUUUGACGGACGCUCGUACGAAAACCAAAAUUCCGGCGAAUUCAUCCUUGUCCGUCACAAGAAAUACCCCAUUGAAGUCGACAUGAUAACACAGCCUUGUUCCAACUGGGGUCCAAUACCAACAUGUGCUUGCGCCGUAAACGUUAGAGCUGGAGGUGAUAUAUUCACCAUAAACCAUUGUAGCGGACACCUAACAAAAUAUCUAUCAAAUAAGGAUGAAUCACUGAAAGUGUACCGGGAAAGUUCUUCGGAAUAUAAGAUAAUCUUGCCAACCGGAAUGUCUGUGAACAUAUACUUGAUGACAUGGGGUAACUACGUGAUGAAUGUUGACAUCUACCCAUCACCACACGACUUCAAUCAGGUUGAAGGAUUGUGUGGAAAUUAUAACGGCAAUCCAGACGAUGAUUUUAUUAUGCGAGACAGCGGUACUUUGUGGACACCAAGUUCUGAUAACUCUGACAGGGUCUGGUAUUGGGCUGUAUACCCGGAUGAAUUUUUCUUUCU